UAAGAUCUGCCGGCGCACAGCUGGAGCGGUUCCGUGAUUAAUUUGCAAAACGGCCGUGAAUUAUUGACAUCGAAAGCACACGCGACGACAUCGAGUUCCCAGCGAAACGCAACUUUCUGCCUCUGAGAACGGACUCAGUCGGCACACGGGGCUUUAAUUCGAAGGAGUCGGUCUUCUUCCUCGGGGUUCUGAGAUGCCGGGAAAAUUCGCAAGCAGGAAUCAACGACUCGUCCCUUUCAAGGGCGACCUUAAACGAGACUUCGGCCGACGGAUCAGCCCCACGGUGAAAAUCAUCGGCGUCGACGCCGCGAACGAAGCCGAGCCCGCGAAGAAACAGGAACACAUCCCGACCACCAGAGAGAUCGUCAACGAUUUCUUGGAGAGCACCUCCAUCCACGGUUUGCAAUACUUCGGGAAAACGGACAUGAAGGUCGGAUUCUUCGGGAAGAUCCUGUGGACCUGCACGAUACUCACCGGAUUCGCGUGUAAGAGUCGAUCGAUCCCGCGAAUCGGCGAUUUUCUGGAGAAUGGAAUAAGUGGACCCUUCGUUUCAGGUUCCGCCAUCAUGGUGAUACAGUUUCUGAACCGUUACAACGAGAACCCGACCAACACGUUCAUAAAAUCGUUCAAUAACCCGAUAUUCAACGCGCCGUUUCCGGCGGUCACGCUGUGCCCACUUUCGCCGAUCCCGCGGGAAAGACGGGAGAAAAUCUUGCACGGGAUCAACAUACCCGAGAACAUGAGCGUGGAGACCGUGGAGAACCUUCUGAAAUACGGUCACAUCAUUACGUUGCCGUACGCGACGCAAAAUUACGACGAAAGUUAUCGUCUGGAAGAGCUGCUGGCUGCGAAUUAUUGGACCAUUGCCGACUUCUUGAAGAUCCUGCAGCCUUGCGAUGACAUGUUGGAGUCCUGCUGGUGGAGCAGCGAACGAAUCGAUUGCAGGAAAUCCUUGCUGCUGUCUCAUAGUUCUUACGGACUCUGUUGCUCCUUUAACUAUCUUCUCGAGGAUUUCGUGGGCCGUGAUAAGAACCAGCCAGUCCCGAAACCUAUCCGGUCCGUCGACUAUGGACGCAGAAGCGGUCUGAAACUGUUAAUAAGUAGCCGGACGCUUGGCAUCGAUUCGAAGAACAGGUCCCGUUCCAUUAAGCCGGUUCCGAACGGCAACGGAAUAGGGGUGUUUGUCCAUCACAGCCUCGAUUUCCCAGGGCUCAACACUAACGCGUACAUUCUCCAAAAGAGCACGGAAAUGCAGGUCAGCGUGAACCCAACGAUAAUCGAGAAACCGACCGAUCUGCAUCAUCGCAACAGGUACGGCAAAGUCGUUCCAAUUUGCGUCAAGGACGCCGAUGGGCUCGAGUAUUUUCCCAUCUACACGUACUCGAACUGCUACGCGAACUGCAGGGUAAAGGCGAUGAUCAGGAUCUGCGGAUGCCUGCCGUUCAUCUACGAGCACCUGGUCAACUACUAUCGCAUCACUUCGUGCGGGCUGGAAGGAUUGUCGUGCAUCCAAAAGAACACCAAGGAGAUCAGUAUCAUCAGAGACGUCAAGUUGGAGAAUCUGACCUGCACCUGUCGGACACCUUGCGUGGAAACUGUUUACGACGCCCUUCCCAACUCGAUCGAACUGUCAAUGCCGCAGGCUGCGAUUACUUAUAAAAACGUGUCGAGCAGAGACGCUAUUUUGAGAGUGUUCAUGAAGUCGCAAGUUUUCGUGACGACGGAGACCGUGUCAGCGGCCGACGAGGUUUAUCUUUUGGCGUCGAUCGGCGGGAUCUUCAGCCUGUUCCUGGGCUGCAGUUUCCUCAGCGUGGUGGAGAUCCUCUAUUUCAUCAAACUGUUCUGCCGCGCCAAAUAUCUACGUUGGAAGAACAGCUCCGCCGCGAGGAAACAGAAACGAACGAAUUACGAGGGCUACGGGAACAUCAGACGGAAUAUUUAUUGAUCGACGAUGAAUCAAUAGAAACGUGUUUCUCUCCCACGGA